AUGGGUCUGGAUCACCACUACCGCUCGGUUUCCGAAAACGACGAGUCCUUCCCCCUGGCUGAAAAGAACGCGCCCGUGAAGUCAGGAUGGGGCAAACAAUCUAUUCUGCUGUCGCUCGCGACAGGGACACUUUUUGUGGCGGUGAUUGCCGCCGUGCUGGCCACCAUCUCAUCUGUAGUGGUAUCGUACAAAUCGUCCGGAACCGCCACGACGGCCUCCGCAACCGUCAGCGCUGAUGCGGCCCUGGUCACGGCCUCGGCCACCGCGACUUCGGCGAACGCGGCCCUUCCGACCGUGCUGCUCGGCGAGGACGCGAAGCUACCGACCGACAACAGCGUGAUCCCCUCGGCCAGUUCGAUCGAAAACUGUGGAUAUUCGCCGCAGGAGGCCCGCGAGAAAGGUUGCAUCUUUGACGUGAUGAUGCAGCUCUGGACGCCCGCCGCCUGCUUCGACGAAGUUCUCUCGAAUCGCUUCCUGGAAGUCGGCAACUGGACGUGGUACGCCGAUCCCUCGGCCACCAAGGCCUACAGCUUGGAAGAGAUGAGAAAGGGAGAACACGAUGCGGUCUAUGUGGCCCAAGAUUACCACAUCACCCAUUGUAUCUACGCCUGGGAAAAGCUGGUUCGUGCCAUGCGGAACCAGGAGCCUCUUAUCAUGGAGUUGAUUUCCUACGACCAUGUCAUCCACUGCCGUCACAAGACCCUCCAGAGAGCCGACGGAGGUGCUACCAUCCGUGGUGUCCGGGCGCCCACUGGAUAUACACAAUGCGCCCCUUACGAUACCUGGAAGUACCACCUUCCUCCCAACGAGCACUCCUCGGUCGACUAG